GACGAUUCGUCGCUGAUUGUCUUCUUCUGACAGAUUGACGUGGUUCGCGGCGACGAUUUUGGUUUUUCUUUCCCUGGUGCAAUCGUUAGAUUUUUCUGAAUAGUUUCUCUGGAGGAAGAAAACAGCGGGUGAUAGUGCUUCCGCGUUCACAAAGAGUGCUCUGGGAACCGGUGCAACUGUUCGGCGGGCUGAAACUUACGCGCACAGUCCCACUACUGGCGUUUCAAUUAUUCAUCAGCCAAAGGGAGGCACUUCCAAGGAUAGAUAGCACCGAGUGCCCCUGACUGGCUGCUGGUUUAAAGUGGUGUCAGAUGGUAUUGUAAUAAUACUAGAGGAAGAUUAUAAAACUUUUGUGCUGAAGGUGACAGUUUUUUUUAUUAGUUUUGGUUUUGCUGAAAAAAUCGUGGAAGAGCACAACAGGCUUAAACCAGCAGCUAACAACAACUAGGCGAAGGCAAGAUUUAAACACUGACCGUGGCAUUCGAACGGCAGCAUGAUGGAUGCGGAAGCAACCCCGAGUAGAAAUGUAGUUUCGCUGUUCUUCAAACGGAUCUCUCAGCUUUACCAACUUCAGCUGGACAGAUGGACGCCACAUACUAAACUCCGGUGGGCGGCGGCGAUCGGGCUGGUGUUACUGUUCCUUCUGCGAGUAUUCACAAAGCAGGGCUGGUACAUUGUGACCUACGCGCUCGGAAUUUACCACCUGAAUCUGUUUAUAGCGUUCCUUACUCCCAAAAUUGAUCCGGCCUUGGAUUUAGAUGAUGAUCAAGGCCCAGAGCUACCCACCAAGUCCAACGAAGAAUUCCGACCUUUCAUCCGGCGGCUGCCAGAGUUCAAAUUCUGGUACGCCAUCAGCAAGAGUACCGUGAUCGGAAUCGUGUGUACAUUCUUCGAGGUGUUUAACGUUCCCGUGUUCUGGCCGAUACUGGUGAUGUACUUCAUCACACUGUUCUGCAUCACCAUGAAGCGGCAGAUAAGACACAUGAUCAAAUACCGGUACUUGCCGUUCACCCACAGUAAGCCCCGCUACCAGACGGUGCCGACGGAAAAGUGACAAUUAAAAGCACAAACUUUGCCAUCAACAACAUCGCAACUGUCAACCGGGUCGUCUGCCGCUUCUUCUGCUUCAUCGUCCGUUAUCAGCGUCACUGGCGGCACUGCGGCCACCGCUGCCUCGCUGGAACAGGUCUUCAAGGCCUCCGUGUCCGGAAGUUCCACAGCUGCCAACGUUAAAGCAGUACCCACCAGUUCACUGAUUUCAACCGUCUAGCGAGGAUGAGCCGUAAAACAACAGCAGGAAAAGCAACUUCGUUUCGGGCUUAGAGAAGGGUACCCUUGGUUCUGUAGUAGACUGCCGUUGCUUUUGGUUGGUUUGUUUUAAGAUCAGUUCCUCUUUUCGGUUGUAGAAAAAGUAAAAGUAGUUAGACAGAAGGUGAUGAUGAGGAUCGAGCUUUUCGCUUGUCACUAACAUCUCCAAGCGAAACACGAUCCACUGGCAUUGAUUUGCGCUUACAUCGAUCAACAUUAUUUUUUAAAGUUUUGUUUAUUAUCGGUAACAGUUUCAUCCAGAAUAGAUAGCCGGGCUAAAGGUGAAACACAUUUAGUUAAUUUUUUACUUUCAAUUUAGUUACUUUUGCAAUGGCUGUUUCUAAAUUUGUACAGAUAACAUCUUAUUUCCAGAAGGAAUCGUCAAACCAGAUGAAACCUACAAAUAUUCAGUAUGUCGUAUAGUUAUUAUAUUUCCCCUUUAGUUGAUUAAUCGUAGACGAACGUUGUUUUAGUUAUAAUCCUAUCGUUUCUUUUUUCUACUUGAGUUUGCUUUAAAACCUUCGAUGAAAAAAAAAAGUUUUUAGUUGUGUGAGCAGAUUCGAUAAAAACCAAAAAACAAACAGCAGUUAUUCAUGAAAUGAAAUUAGGAGCGAAAAUACCAAAAGCGCAGUGUUUGUACGCACCACGACGAUAGGAUACCCUUGGUAAUAUUUCAAUUACCCUUUCAGUAGUUUAGUUAAGUAUGAAAUAUGUAAUCUAAAAUGGGAGUUUUUCUACCGUUUGGACCAGGGGUUAGGUGCAAGCGAAUUUGUAUAUGGAACGAGUACGUAACGAAAAAGAAAAAGAAAAACAGGAACAUAUUUACGUCUUUUCGACUAAAUCCGUGAGCAAACCUAGGUGAAAACUAACAUCUUAUCUUACAGGAAAUACAGUAUAUACACAAAAAAAAAGCAAACAAACAAACACAUUUAUCAUAUGUGCAAAUUGAAAGACCCAGCAUUGUCAUAAGAGAAAUAAAAACUUGGAUAACCAAAUAAAUAUUGAAACCCAGAAUA